UUAGGUUUAUCAGCACGACCGCUGUCACUCGACGGACGACCACCAUGGCGAUAAGAGGACUGAGAAUAGCACUCCUCCUGGGGGCUGUGUGUGUUGCUACCGGAGAAGUGGAAGACGUAGAGGAUAAAGAAAUUGUCCGAGCCAGGCUUGAGAGCUGCGGUGGAUGACAGCUGAACAGGCUCCCCGAGGUGAAGAAAUUCAUCAACGAGGACGUUCCUUUCUUUCAUAAUGUUAAGUAUAUGCACAUUGGUGGUGCUCCCCCAGUGAUGAACUUCAUAAACAAACUCGACCAGGUGGUGGAGCGUGUCCCCUUGGAAAAAUUUAAUCGGGAAGAAUGCAAUCAGGUUCUACUAAAGAAAGGCUUCUACAAGAAGAGUGACAAGGAUGAAGAGGUACCAGAGGAAUUCCGCACUGGCCCAUACAAGGAGAAGGAAGAGCUCUAGAUGAAGUCAUCACUACUUAUAGUAUUUGAUUAUUAUUGCAGUGUGUCGAUUGAUUUGGGAUACUUACUUGAGAGUAUUUCCAUUAUAACUUUUUUAUUAUAAAUUUCGGACUAUGUUAGAACUUAGGAGACAUUAGUCUUUCGUGAUUGGGGUACUGUACAUUAAAAUUUAUGAUAAAGUAUUAAGUAAAGUCUGCAAUAACUAACUUUUAUAUAAUUUUUUUUUGGAGAAGCACGAUUUUUCAACUGAUUAUAACCAAAGCACAAACAAUAUACUGAGCAGUAAUAUGAACCUACUAUGAUGGGAGGGGUGUAAAGAGCUUCUAGCUCUCGCUACUUUCGGAAGUAAAUGGGUUCGGGUACUGAUGGGUAUGUUGUGCACACUAGGUUUUGUAGUUUGAAUAAAAAAAAUGACUUCA